AUGCUUGUGCUGGCGUUGGUGGUGGUGACAGCGGCGGUGGUGGUGGUGGGUGAUGGUGCGGCUGUGGACCCACAUGCUGGUUCUGAUGGGGCACCAUCCCUACACAUCAACUUGACAUGCACGUCCCCUGUCCAACUAGGCUUCACGUUUGAAUGCACCGCUCAGGUGACUGGUAUGGGACACGAGUCAGUGACCCUGUGGCCAACGGUGAACAGCCUGCAGUGGUGUGCACAGAUGACCUUGUCGCCUGACUCGCCCAAGAACAUAUCGUUCCGGUGCCCCUAUCCUCGCACAGGCCCAAAUGCGGUUGGGGUGACGGCCACCAUUGCCGGCGCAUACAAGGAACCUUUUCCUGUCGGCAAGGUGAUCCCGGCGCACUUGAUACUCACGGAGUCAAAUACUGUCGCUGUUGACGUGAAGGAGCGCACCCUUCGCCCGCCAGCCAAGGGCAGCGACCGCAUCACGGCCAUGCAGUGGGAGCCGUGGUUCACGCUGCACAACGACCAGUGGACACUCGCGGAGGCUGUACCCACGCUUGGAUACUACAGCAGUUUCGACGCAAACGUUGUCAUGCAACACGCCAUGUGGAUGGUGGACAUUGGCAUCGACUACAUCAUGGUGGACUGGACCAACAACCUCUGGAACAUCAACCACUGGUCGGAGCGAGGCGUGUAUGCACAGGAACUCAUCAAUGCCACGACAUUCACACUGGAGACGUACAGUGCAAUGCGCGCAGCCGGCAUGAGCACACCCGAUGUUGUUCUCUUGCUCGGCCUUGAUAACGGCCCAGCAGAACCCCUCUCAUGCCUACAGGAGGAGGUGGACUGGAUCACGGAAGAAUAUCUGCCCAAGUACCGAGAUCUCAUGUUCAUAUAUGAGGGCAAGCCGCUGCUCAUUGUCUUUGAUGGGGGUGGCAUGUACUCGCCAACAAACCCGCUCUCCGUGGGCAACUGGACGCUUCGCCUGAUGGCCUCGCAACUGCAGACUGCACCCGGCCUUGCCACCCGCGGCUACUGGAGCUGGAUGGACGGCGUGGUGUCCCCCGUUGUGGUGCGCCAACCCUUCAGGACGGCCAGCGAGGUCGCCACCGCCACGUGCGCCUUCUUCCCACCGGGCGGGUGGUUCGACGUCAAGGCCAUGGGCAAGCGCCAGGGCGCCACGCUCGUGCAGGAGGUUGCCUCGCUGCUCAGCCGCGACCGCAGUGGCCGUGGUGACGCUCCCCGCACGGUCGUGUUCAACCAGUGGAACGAGUUUGCUGGGCAGGCGGAGAACACGACGUCUGUGUAUGUGGACAUCUACAACGCGACGCUGGGCAACGACAUGGAGCCGACCAGCUACACGGAGUGCGCGUACCGCCGCCCAAACAAUCGGCGGUGCGGCGGGUGGGGAUUUCGCUACCUCAACCUCCUCCGCGCCCUCAUCGCCCUGUACACGCACGCAGACACGACGAGCACGGUGCUGGCGGUGGCGCGGCCGCUGAACCACACAGUCGUCAACAGCACCCUUGGAGGCACCCUGCCUGUGGAGUGGGCGCAGGUGAGCGGGGUUGGUGUGGACGCAUCUGGCUGCGUGGCAAAAGUCACGCUCGAUGGUGCACUGGUGGGCAUGUUUCCUGCGACGACGACGAAAGCAUACGUGCCGCUGGGCGGUCUGCCGCCUGGGGAGCACACGCUGACGGUCACGCUGCCAGAAUGCACCACGCGCUACCCGCUCGGCGUGCUCACGGUUGACGUGGAAGACACGCGCCCGUUCGAGGCCGUGCCACGGGUGGACAUUGUGUUCACCAACCAGCCAUGAUGGAUGCGACCAGCCGCAUGACCAGCCCCAACACAACAUGAACCACACGAGUCUGCCAAACUUUGUGCGUGAGCACCCCCCGUUCUCUGUUCUGGUUACACGCCCUGGUCUUGUCAUGUCACGACACACCAACCCCGUUACUCUCUUAGAAGCAAAACGACAACUGCACGA